GCCUGCACAUUAUGCGCCUCCUCCAGCCUCUGCCAGCUUCUAGCAGCUACAGUUUGCCUGAACUUCCUCAGUGCUUGUUGUAGAUAUGGGGGGGCUUUAACAUUGGACCCCCCUACCUGCGAUCUGUCAAUUACAAAAGACUUUUAUGGGAAUAAUGCCCAUGCCUGUCACAGGACGGAGAUCCUGAGGACCCUUUUCUGGAAGAAGAGCAAGAAGAGGAAUAUAAAGUAUCAAAAAUGAACAGCAUUGCAUUUGAUGAGAGUUCCCUGGACCACCUGGACCCCUCUCUGUCCCUGCACGAGAGCAGUGACAUAGACAACGCCUUGCUGAGCGACAUAGAUGAUAUGCUUCAGCUCAUCCACAAUCAGGACAAUGACUUCCACGGGUUUUUCGAUGGCCCCUUCGGACCGGUCAGUGCCCCCACUCAGGAUGUUGCCCCCAAUGUGGACCUUGCCGGAGGGGCAGCACUCAGCUCCCUGGAGGGUUUGCUGGCCGUGCCUACAAAUUCAACCCCUAUGAAGAUGUUCCCCCAUUCCACACCCAGCUUCCAAAGCCCACCUACCGGGUCCCAGCCACAGGACAAUCUCACGCAGCAGCUGAAGCUGGGGAUGCAGAACCUGAUCAAGGAUGAGCCCAUGCAGACGUGCCCCUCUGCUCCGCACUCUCAGAGCAAACUACAGCUGGCGCCGGUGCCCCAACAGAGCAUGGCAUUCGGAAAGAACCUGAUGGCGCCCAUGCAACCUCAGUAUAGCACCCAGCCGGUGGCUGGAUAUGCCGAGCAGGCUACCUACACAGUACAAAGUGUCCCGCCGCAGCCAAGUACGACUAGUCCGCCUUUACAGAACAUCUCAGGACAGCCACUGCAGAGCAUUGCUGCUCAACCCAUGCAGAGCGUUGUAAGCCAGCCGCUUCAAAGUGUUGUAACCCAGGCCCAGACCCCGCCGACUAUGGCCGCCAAACCUCAGCAGACUCACUCUGCACCCCAAAUCCAGCAACCCCUGACCAUCCACACCCAGAGUUUAUCCCCUCAGUUCCUGACCACCACCAGUACCUCACAAAUCCAGCAGGUUCCGGUUCUGCUCCAACCUCAUUUCAUCAAAGCCGAAUCUCUGCUGCUUACCGCUGUCAAGGCCGACACAAUGGGGAUGACCGGAGUCAAAACCACACCGACCACCACCACCAUACAGACCACCCCGCUGCAGAUGCCGACCCUGGUGAGUGCUGGGACCAUUUUGACCACCGUGCCGGUGAUGAUGGAUCCCGACAAGCUGCCAAUUAACCGUCUAAAUGCCAACGGCAAGAUGGCCAUGCUAAACAGCAAGGGGGAGAAACGUACCGCGCACAAUGCCAUAGAAAAGCGUUACAGGUCCUCUAUUAACGACAAAAUUAUCGAACUCAAAGAUCUUGUGGUGGGAACGGAGGCCAAGCUGAAUAAGUCAGCCAUUUUGAAGAAGACCAUCGACUACAUUCGCUAUCUGCAGCAAAGCAACGUCAAGCUGAAACAGGAGAACAUCAUGCUGAAGAUGGCGGCUCAGAAAAACAAUACUUUGAAAGAUAUCGUUGCCGGCACUGGGGUCAGUAUGGAUGGCUUGAAAGCGGAAAUGAUGGAUGUCCUAACCCCACCCCCGUCUGACGUCGGGUCCCCAUCAAACACUGGUAGCCCCCUAUCUCAGUGUAACAGUGAUUCGGAGCCGGACAGUCCCUUCAGUGAUGAAGCCAAGGUAGAAGUCAAGCAAGAGACUCCGAAUCCUCCCAGUACCGGAAUGCUGGAUCGGUCCCGUAUGGCCCUAUGUGUUUUCGUCUUCCUCUGUCUCUCCUUCAAUCCUUUGUCCUUCUUGAUGGGAGGAUCCUCAAGUCAGAAGGUCUCUGAAGGCUCUUCCUUCCAUGCUGGUGGAAGAAGUAUGUUAGGAGUGGGCCCUGCAGAGACGUCCUCAUGGUUUAGUUGGUUCAGUCCUUCUGCUCUUCUCUGGCCUAUAAACCUCAUCAUCGUCCUGGCCGUGUUCAUCCGGUUAUUCAUCUAUGGCGAGCCCGUCACCCGCCUGCACUCGGAAUCUUCUGUCCUGUUCUGGUGUCACCGUAAACAAGCUGACGUGGAUCUGUCUCGGGGGGACUUUGCUCAGGCCUCCAUUCAUCUCUGGAAAGCCCUGAAAGCCCUAGGGAGACCCCUCCCCACCUCCAACUUUGAUCUUUGCUGCAGCCUGACAUGGAGCAUCAUCCGCUAUGUAUUGCAGCGGCUGUGGGUGGGCCGCUGGUUGGCUGGACGGGCUGGGGGCUUCCGCAGAGACCACCAGCUGAAAGAUGACGUACGCAAGAGCUGCAGGGAGGCCGCCCUGGUUUACCAUCGCUUGCACCAGCUGCACAUGACAGGGAAGCAUGCCGGAGGUCACCUCUCAGCUAUCAAUAUGGCUCUCAGCGCUGUCAACCUAGCGGACUGUGCAGGGAACACCCUCUCGGUGGCCACCCUGGCAGAGAUCUAUGUGGGGGCCGCAUUACGCGUUAAAGCAAGUCUGCACCGACGCUUCCAUUUCUUAGCGCGCUUCUUCCUCUGCAGUGCCCGCCAGGUGUGUCUAGCAGAGAGCGUGGCUAUCCCUCCCGCCAUGCAGUGGCUGUGCCAUCCUCUAGGACAUCGAUUCUUUGUAGAUGGGGAUUGGAGUGUGAGGAGCUCUCCGCGAGACACCAUAUACAGUACAGCAGGCAGCGCAGUGGACCCGCUCGCUCAGGUGACUCAAGCUUUCCGUGAACAUCUACUGGAAAAAGCGCUGUAUUGUGUGGCCCAGCCGGAACAAAGCAAACCGCUGACAGAAGGAGAGGGUGAGUUCUCAGAUGCCCUGGAAUACCUGCAGCUUCUGAAUGGGUGCUCCGAUGCCGCCGCCGUCACCAACCACACCUUCUCCAUCAGUUCCAGCAUGGCCGCUGUCACAGGGACCGAUCCAGUCGCCAAGUGGUGGGCUUCCAUAAUGAUUGUGGCGAUCAAUUGGCUUCAAGGAGACGACGAGGCGGCACAGAGAUUGUAUCCGCUAGUGGAGUAUAUGCCGAAAUCCCUUCAUGCCUCUGAAAACAUGUUGCCCAAAGCAGCUCUGUACAUAUUCAAAGCGGUGCGGACACUCUUCGGGAAGCAGGACAGCGCCCAGGUCAGCCUGAGUCAGUGUGAGAAGGCCAGCGGAUACCUCAGGGACAGCCUGAACUCCAGUCCUUCCUGUAACGCCAGUGUGGAUAAGGCGGUGCAGUUCCUUAUGUGUGACCUUCUCCUGGUGACCAGGACUAACAUCUGGCAGCAGCAGCAGAACUCUCCAGGGCAGCAGCCGAGCCCCGUACACCCAGCGUCCCCCCAGGAGCUCCGGGGGUUCCAGCUCGAUCUGAGCAGCUUACGCAGAUUAGCACAAUCGUUCAGACCCGCUAUGCGCAGGGUCUUUCUCCAUGAAGCCACAGCUCGUCUCAUGGCGGGUGCCAGUCCGACACGGACACAUCAGCUCCUGGACCGGAGCCUUCGAAGGAGGGUGGCUCCAUCAAGCAAAGAAGGUAGGUUGUCGUUUUCACAUUGACCCUAAGCUUGAUGGUUCAGAGCCAUGGUUGUGCUGCGCACAUAACACCAGGGCGGCGCUGUAUAACAAUGGCGCAAUCAUUGACAACCAAUCAGGUAUUAGCUUGCAUUUUCCAUCUAUGUCUGAUUGGUUGCUGUAGACAAUGACCCCCCCCCCCCCCCUUGUUUAUUUGCGCCAUUGUUUAUAUGAUUCCGAGGCAGCCUCCCGAUUAACCCUUCUCAGCUGUGCAAAGGGGGGGGGGGCCCACGUGCUGAAAGGGUUAAUGACGAGGUGCGUAACGAUGCAUGAUAACAGAGAGGCAAUGCAGAUCAAUUCUCUCUUCACACAUGGGAAACAUUUGGGCUGCGCUUACACGUCGCGCUUCCGUCACGGUGCAUUUUUACCGCGAUUUUGGAAAAUCGUGGCAAAACCGCGACAGUGUGAACGCGGCCUUUAAAGGUGGACUCUCCGGUGACUCCGUGGUUAUAUUAGAAUAGAAAAUCAUAGCUACUUUCUUUCAAAAACAGCGCCACACCUCUC